CGAAUCAUUUUCUGUUUUCUGCAAAGCCAUCCGGAUCAACUUUAAGUCCACUAAAUAUGGACUUCGAGUAUGUAUCGUUGUACCAGCGUGACAUGCAUAACAAAUGCUGUAACGGGAGGGCUUGGUGUGUAAAGGACAUUUGCGGAAUUAUCUGUGCGGCUAUGACAUGGUUUCUAAUUUUCUUUGCCGAAUUUGUUGUAAUGGCAGUAAUAUUACUACCCAGUCAAUAUCCAGUGUACAAAACAAUCAACUCCGUCAUCUUCAACAUCUUAUCAUUUUUGGCUAUAUCGUCUCAUCUGAGGACAAUGUUCUCGGAUCCAGGAGCUGUGCCAAAGGGGAAUGCGACGAAAGAAAUGAUCCAACAGUUGGGAUUCAAAGAAGGACAAGUGUUUUUCAAAUGUCCUAAAUGUUGUAGCAUAAAGCCGGAAAGGGCGCACCACUGCUCGGUGUGUCAGCGAUGUAUUAGAAAAAUGGAUCAUCAUUGUCCGUGGGUCAACAACUGUGUCGGGGAAAGUAACCAAAAGUAUUUCGUAUUAUUUACACUCUACAUCGCUCUGAUAUCAAUUCAUGCCAUGUUUCUCACCGUUAAUCAAUUCGCCCAGUGCAUCAAACACGAAUGGAAGGAGUGUUCAACGUUUUCACCACCGGCAACAGUCAUUUUAUUAUUAUUUCUGACAUUCGAAGCGUUACUGUUUGCCGUUUUUACUUUAAUUAUGUUGGGCACACAAAUGAAUGCAAUUUGGAACGAUGAGACGGGUAUAGAACAAUUGAAAAAGGAGGAGGCCAGAUGGGUUCGUAAAUCGAAAUGGAAAAGUAUUCAGGCGGUCUUUGGACGUUUCUCAAUUGGAUGGUUUUCGCCAUUCACAAAGCCGCUAAUCAAAUCAAAAUUAGAUAGAAAUUUUUAUUCGGUUUAACGAAAGUGCUACGCCUUCGUUGUAUACUUAAAAUCUAACAUAGAGCAUUGUCUCUUUUGUAGAAUUUUAGUUUGUAAGACAAAUCACAGAUUUAAUUUAUUUUUCGUCAUAAAAUUUUGUUUAUAAAACGACUAUUGUUAAGUUACUUAAUUACGAGUAAAUUAGGUGGAACAGAACAAAUAAAAUCUUUAAAUUGA